AUGAUACCUAGCGAUGAUAUCUACAAUGAUCGUAAAAUUGUGAUUGAGGACAGUCAUCUUCCUGGUAGCCCCGCACAGCCUACAGAUGACAGUUGGGGGGAGUGGGACAUAACCGGCACAAUUGAUCCCUCUGAUGAUUCGGACGGAGAUUACACCGUGAGUAGCAACGGCGGUGAUUCAGUGAAGCAGCAAUCACAGCAGCGCAAUAUUUCCACAGGUGAAGAUGAGCGACUAAAGGAUCUGAAGACGCGGGGCUGGCAUUGGUGGAAGAUCAAGCAGCAGUUUCCACACCGAAAAUUAAGCGCUUUGCAGCAGCAAUGGUCCUCAAAACUCCGGGAAAGGGGAGAAGAGAAAGUGCAAGCCAAUCAUUUCAGUGAAGUUUUGGAACAGUAUCUCUGCUCAGUGGGGUCUGAUCCGGGGCGCCGACAGCUAGGUGUUGACAAUAUUCUGUUGCGUGGUGCUCUUGAGAAGUUGAACGAUCAGAAUAUAUUGACGGCGUGGCUAGCUAGACUGUGGAGAAAUGUUUUGUUGACAGGUGGGCUGAAGGUGAGGACAUUACUGUGCGACUCGGGGAUGCUAAAUUGGAGCGAGGAGGCCUAUGGCUUGAAUUAUAAGAAUGUGAUGUUGAGGACGAGCCAGCAGGUCCAGUCAUCAGCCUCUGGAAAUUGGCACGGGGAGUGGUAA